AUGAUAAAGCUAUUUUCAUCAAAAAGAUAUAAUAAUAAUAAAAUAUUAUUAUUUUGUUUAGUAAUAUUGAUAUUAUAUAAAUAUACAUAUUCAUUACACAAUAGGUGGAAUAAGAAUAAUAAUGUGUAUUUAUUUAAUGGAAAUGUAAAAAGAGAGAAAAGAAAUGGUAGAGGUAAAUUAUAUAUUUUAAAUAGAUGUGUAAGAAAUGAUAUUAUAAAACCCAAUAAGAAUAUAAUUAAAAAUGAAUUUCGUUUAAAAUUAAAUAAUGGUUCAACAAAAAAUGUGGAAUUAGAAAAUUAUCGGAAUAUUGGAAUUAUAGCACAUAUAGAUGCUGGAAAAACUACAACAACUGAGAGAAUAUUAUAUUAUACAAAUGUUAUAAAAAAAAUUGGAGAAGUACAUGAAGGAUUAUCAACAAUGGAUUAUUUAGAUAUAGAAAGAGAAAAAGGAAUAACUAUAAAUGCGGCUGUCACUACAUGUUAUUGGAAUGGUAGUGAAAAGAAUUUAGAAGAUUAUCGUAUAAAUAUAAUUGAUACUCCAGGACAUGUUGAUUUUACUGCUGAGGUUGAAAAAAGUUUAAGAGUUUUAGAUGGUGGUGUUGUUGUGUUUGAUAGUAGUGAAGGAGUUGAAUCUCAAUCUGAAACUGUAUGGAAACAAGCUAAUCAAUAUAAUAUUAGUAGAAUAAUAUUUCUAAAUAAAUUAGAUAAAGUAGGAGCAAAUUUUGAAGCUUGUAUUGAAGAAAUAAAAAGGAAAUUAAAUAAGAAGAUAUUAAUUUUAUAUGUUCCUGUUUUUGAAAUGAGUAAAUUCAUUAGUACUAUAGAUAUAUUAAAAGAAAAAAUGAUUGUAUAUAAAAAUGCUCAUGAUUUUAUUUUUGAAGAUAUACCUAAACAACACUAUAAUUUAUUUUUAAAAUAUAAAAAUUUAUUAUUUGAACAGAUUGCUGAAAAUUUUAACUCUUUCCUUGAUAAUUAUUUAAAUGACAAAGCUAUGAAUAUACAAGAAAUUGAAUAUUAUAUUAGAAAAUUAGUUGUUGAAGAAAAAUAUAAUGUUGUUAUGUGUGGUUCAGCUUUAAAAAAUAAAAAUGUACAAAUGUUAUUGGAUAUGGUUGUAAAAUAUUUACCUUCACCUAUUGAUUCAAUUAAAAAUUAUAAAAAGCAAAUUAUAUAUAUACAUGAUGUAAAUAGAAGAGGUGAAAAAAUAAUUCCAUCCAAUUCGGAGUCUCAUUUAAAAAAAGAAAAACUUAUGUUAAAAAAAAAUACUAAUAAAGGGGAAGAACAAAAUGUAGAAAAUAAAGUAUUUGAGAAUGAAUUAAAUAAGAAUUGUAUAAAUAUACAUAAGGAUACUACUGAAAUUGAUACUUCUAGUUCGACAUAUGUUCAAGGUGUAAAUGAUAUAACUGGAUCUAAGAAUAUACCAUCUGAAAGUUCUCAAAAUAAUAUGAAAGAUGAUCAAAUAAAUUACAACGAUUAUAUUUCAGACGAAUUGAACGAGACGAAUAUAAAAAAUUAUAAAAGGAAAAUGGUUGGAUUAAUUUACAAAAUUAUGAAUGAUCAACAUUUAGGAAAUAUUAAUUACGUACGUAUAUAUGAAGGACAAAUAAAUAGAGGUGAAUAUAUAUAUAAUAAUAGAACAAAGAAGAGUGAAAAAAUUUCAAAAAUAUUUUUUAUCCAUUCAAGUGAAAAAUAUGAAUUAGAAAAUGCUAAGGCAGGUGAUAUUGUAGGAUUAGUAGGUUUGAAAGAUACUCAGAUUGGUGAUACGUUGAGUAAUGUAUUUUUAAGAGCAGAAUUGAAACGUAUAAAAGAUAUUCCUCCUAUUAUAAGUUAUUAUAUAUAUAAUAAAAAUAAAAAUGAAUAUGAAAAGUUAAUUAAUGCAUUAAUUAAAAUUAAAAAAGAAGAUCAUUCGUUUUUUUAUCAUAUAAAUCAAGAUACGAAAGAUUUGCUUAUUAGUGGAGUUGGAGAAUUACAUUUACAAAUUAUAAUUAACAAAAUUGAAAAGGAUUUUAAUAUACCAAUAAUUUAUGGGAAACCACAAAUUUCCUAUAAAGAGACAUUUGUGGAAAGUGUAAAAGCAAGAGGUAAGUAUAUUAAACAAUCAGGAGGUAGAGGACAGUAUGGAGAUGUACAUAUUGAAAUUGAACCAAUGUAUAAUUAUAAUGAACAAGAAGAUGAAGAAGGAGAACAAACAGAUCAAGAACAAAAUGGUAUUGAUGAAAAAGAAAAGAAAGAGCAAAAAUGUAUGGAACAAGAUAUAGAUAAUAAUAGUAUGAAUAUAAAUACAUCAGAAGUAAAUAAUAAUAUAAUUAUAAAAAAUGAAAUAACAUGUGGAGCUAUUCCAUCUGUAUAUUUCGAUGCCAUAUAUACUGGUAUAAGGGAACAGUGUAAUAUGGGAAUUCUUUUUAAUUCUCCAGUAAUAAAUAUUGUGGUUAGAAUAGUUGAUGGUUCAUUUCAUCCAGUUGAUAGUAAUGAACAUGCGUUUAAGCUAGCUGCUGGAUUGGCAAUAAAGGAGGCAGCAAAAAAGACGUCCAUAAGGUUGCUGGAGCCAAUAAUGAACCUAAACGUAUCUGUACCUACCGAAUAUUUGGGAGAUGUAAUUAGCGAUUUGGUUAAGAAGCGAGGAAAGAUACAACACAUAGAUGAAAGUGAUGAAUUCACAAAAGAAAUAACUGCUAGGGCACCAAUGGCUUCAGUUUUAUCGUAUGUUAGUGAUUUGAGGAAAAUAACCAAAGGAAGAGGUAAUUAUACUAUGACGCUUCACAAAUAUUCUUUAGUUCCAGAAUAUAUACAAGAACAAAUAUUACAAAAAAAAGAAUAG